AAAGAUUCGUCGGAGAAACCCAUAUGGGAUCGGAGCUCAUCGAGUACAUCCAUACCCGGAAUGUUGUCGGUAACCCGACCCGGUCCAAAACUAAUGGUUUGGCUAAUCUGCUUCAUCGUCUUCACUUACAUUAUCUACAUGCUUAAGCUCGUCUCCACCUCACGCUCCUGCGACGAUUCCACUCAUUUCACCACCGUCUCCGCCAUUUCCACCAACGCCUCAAAUGUCUCCUCCUCCGUAGCUUCACGGCGGCGCGACUGGGAGGUUGAGGAGGUAGAGAAAGCAGAUGCCCCCACCGAUCUUAACCACGUAGUGUUCGGGAUCGCUGCUUCAUCGAAGCUAUGGAAACAGAGGAAAGAAUAUAUCAAGAUCUGGUAUAAACCGAAAUACAUGCGUGGCUACGUUUGGUUGGACAAAGAGGUGAAGAAGAGCAGCAACAACAGCGACGAAGAAGAAGACGACGACGACGAUCUUCUUCUUCCGCCGGUAAAAAUCUCCGGCGGAACCGCGUCUUUCCCUUACACGAACAAGCAGGGGCAACGCUCGGCGUUACGGAUCUCGAGGAUCGUGUCGGAGACGCUGCGUUUGGGUCCGAAGAACGUGAGGUGGUUCGUGAUGGGUGAUGACGACACGGUGUUCGUCACGGAUAAUCUCAUCAGGGUGCUGAGGAAGUACGACCACGAACAGAUGUAUUACAUCGGGAGCUUGUCGGAAUCUCAUCUACAGAACAUUUUUUUCUCGUACGGGAUGGCUUACGGUGGAGGAGGGUUUGCUAUAAGCUAUCCAUUGGCUAAGGCUUUGAGCAAGAUGCAAGAUCGGUGUAUUCAGAGAUAUCCGGCAUUGUAUGGUUCCGACGAUCGCAUGCAAGCUUGUAUGGCCGAACUCGGUGUUCCACUCACUAAAGAACUCGGCUUCCACCAGUACGACGUUUACGGGAACCUCUUCGGCCUCCUCGCCGCACACCCAGUAACACCGUUCGUCUCAAUGCACCACCUCGACGUGGUGGAACCGAUAUUCCCGAACAUGACACGUGUCCGCGCCCUGAAGAAGCUAACCGUACCGAUAAAGCUCGACUCGGCCGGGGUUCUCCAGCAGUCUAUAUGCUACGACAAGCACAAGAGCUGGACGAUCUCGGUCUCGUGGGGCUACGCCGUACAAAUAUUCCGGGGAAUAUUUUCUCCGCGGGAAAUGGAAAUGCCUUCAAGAACCUUCUUGAAUUGGUACAAAAAGGCGGAUUACACCGCUUACGCCUUCAACACCAGGCCGGUUAGCCGUAACCCGUGCCAGAAACCGUUUGUGUUUUACAUGUCGAGCACGAAAUUCGACACGCAGCUGAACACGACGGUCAGCGAAUACUCGAGACACCGUGUUUCGCAUCCGUCUUGCCGGUGGAAGAUGACGAACCCUGCUGAGAUUAACACCAUCGUCGUCUACAAAAAACCGGACCCUCAUCUAUGGGAAAGAUCACCUAGGAGGAACUGUUGCAGAGUAUUACAGACGAAGAGGAAUAAUACGCUAUGGAUCAAUGUUGGUGUAUGUAGAGGAGGUGAAGUCACUGAAGUUAAGUGA